GUUGUAUUAAGUGCUAAAAUGGAAGCUCCAACGCCGCAAUACUGGUAUCGGGAAUGUCCCGUGCAAACGGCGUGGUCUUCGGAUGUCAUUGUAGUCGAAGUCUUGAUGACCUUUACAACUCCCAACUGGACUUUUCAUGGUAUCAGAGCAGCCAACUACGAUUGGGAACAGUGGGAUUGGCCAAGGUCAGAUGGUCUUCUGUGGGUAGUCGAUGAUGGUCAACGCCUUAGACUGUGGCAAGAUUUUCGACAGUGUCCCAAUGUGAUGCAAUGCGACUCAGAAUGCAGUGUAGAGGCCGUGAUUGGAUACUACCAGAGCGACACCGGCAAUAACUAUGUGGCGGUUAAAUGGCAGGAUUACGAGUGCCCAACCUGGGAGUUGGAAUCUGAUCUUGCUGAGGACUGUUUUUAG